AUGUUUUCGGACGACGGUAAUGGAAACAUUAUUGAUUAUAGAGAUCAGCAAGCACCUACCUUUGUUGACGGAACGCCAUUUCGUUCGAAAAUUUGGACUGAUCUUCAGAAAUGUAUUAAGAACGAUGUUCAACUUGAAUGGACAACUAUGAAUGCCGCUGUGAUGGGAAAGGAUGCUUCUGCAACUAUUCAGGACACAGUAGAUAAUUUGACUACAAACUUUAUCAGUCUACAAAUAAAGAAAUCAAGGGUAGCCGAGGUCAUGAGUGAAGAGUGGAAUUUAAUCAUCAAAGAUAUAAGCCGUCAUCCUCUUGGUACAAACAAAGAAGAAUCCCUUCAGGCUCGUGUUAAUUGGAUUGAUUAUUGGCUAGAGGAAUCUCUCACAGCUAUUGACACCAUAUUGGUUAUUGGUAUUGACUUGAGUACGAGAGAAAUUGUAGGGGCUACGAAGAGAAAGGCGCUUCAGAAUAGGUUAUCUGCUCCUAAAGUGAUUGACCCUAUAAUUAUGAAAAGAGAUUAUACCCCAGUGUACCUUCCCCUCAUUACUUGCCUGACCUUAAUCCAAUCCGAAAAAUCUUGGGCUAUUGUAAAAGGAAAUAUAAAGCGUAACAAGUCUAGUGGUAUAGAGUCGUUUGCUAUGCACAUAAUUGAAGCUAGUAAAGCUGUACCUGUUGAAAAUCUCAGAGGAUCUAUCCAACAUUUCACCCAAAAGGCCCAUGGUUGCCUUCAAGAAAAUCUACACAAUUACAUGUGCCCAAGCAAGUGA